CGAAUUUAAAGUUGAUCAUUCACUUUACUUUCCUUUUUUUUUUUAGAAAAAACAAAACAAACAAAACAAUAAAAAGUUAUAUUCCUUAAACAAUGCAAAAAUCUAAAAUUACUAAUCGAUUAUGUAGACUACCUGGUCGUUUAGAUGGGAAAUUAGUUAUUGUAACUGGUGCAAAUAUUGGUUGUGGACUUGAAUUAAGCGGUGAAUUAGCACGUCGUGGAUGUACUGUAAUUAUGGCAUGUCGAGAUUUAGAAAGAGGAUUUUUAGGAAAAGAAGUUCUACUUGAUCGAUUUGGUGAAAGAAGUCAAGAGAAAUGGAGAAAAUCACCAGCUGGUCCAGGAGUUGAACCAUUUCUUGAUGUUAUUAAAACAGCACAGUUAAUUGUUGAACAUUUGGAUUUAGCUUGUUUAGAAUCCAUUCGUCAUUUUGCUAAAAGCAUUUUAAGUCAAUAUACACGAUUAGAUAUAUUAAUCCAUAAUGCUGGAAUGAUGGCUACUAGUUACAUGGAAACACAUGAUGGAUUUGAAUUACAAAUGGGUGUUAAUCAUUUAGGUCCUGUAUUAUUAACUGAAUUAUUAUUACCAUUAUUAUAUAAUGGUGCACCAUCACGUGUUAUUGUAAUUGCUUCAAAUCUAUAUCAACAAGGUGAUAUUGAUGUGAAUAAUUUAAAUUUACGCGGUGAACAAUAUGGACCAUUUAAAGCAUAUAAUCAAUCAAAAUUAGCUAAUGUUUUAUAUGUUCGUGAAUUAGCUAAACAAUUAGAUGGUUUAAAAGUGAUACCAAUGGCUGUACAUCCUGGUGCAGUAAGAACAGAAAUAUCAAAUACAGGAGAUCAUAGAUAUCAGUUAUUUCUACGUGCUGUUGGUAUAAGUCCAUGGGAAGGUGCACAAACUGCAUUAUAUUGUACAUUAAUUAAUGAUCCAGUACCUGGUGGAUAUUAUUCUAAUUGUGAAAGAGAAGAAUUAACUGAAAAAGCAUUAAAUGAAUCACUUAGUAAAAAAUUAUGGGAUGCAUCACGUGAAAUGGUUGGUUUACCACCGAAUUUAUUAAGUUUACCAUAACAAGAAAAAAAGAAAAAAAAGAAAAGAGAAAAAAAGAAAAAAAUAAUUCUCAUAAUUUUCUUUUCUUUUUUGUUCUUCUUUUUCUUCUUCUUCUUAUUUUGUUAACAUUUUAUGUUGGUUAUUAUUCAUUAAAAGAAUGUUUUUUUUUCACUUUUUUUGUUUUACUCAAUAUGUACUCUUAAAUUUAUAAUAAUAAUAAUAAUAAUGAUAUAAUAAUUAUUAUUGAUUUUUUUGUGGUUACCUUAUCAACAAAAUGUAUAUUUCAUUAUUAACAUUAUCAAUUAUUACGUUUAUUAUUAUUAUUAUUGUUAUUAUUGAUUAUUGAUAAUAAAUAGUUUAUAAUAAUAAUUGACAAUAUUCAAUGAUGGUUUCGAUUUAUUAUAUUCAAUGUGUCAAUUGAAAUUCAUGAGUUACCAUGGUAACUACAAUAAUAAUAAUAAUUUUUAUUAUGAGAUACAAUAAAAGAAUUUUGUCUUAUUA